AUGGUGAGCGACGCCAAAGGGCUCAAAGCCAGCGCGAAUACCCCCCCCUCUACCGACCCAAACGAACCUACGAGCUCUGUGAAGACCACCCAUCCCCGAGACGAUGAUAACGACGAGAGCAGCCCAGCCUCCAAAAGGCAGCGAACAGGAAUCGCAGACAACGUUGUACCUUCUAUUGAAGAACAGCUGGUUCAAGCUACUGCGGCUCAGUCCACAUUCAUAGGCAAACAAUCAGACUCUACGGCGGACGGCUCAUUUCACAAUGUUUCCGGGCCAGAAGCAAAUACACAUACGAGCAUCGGAGACGAUGCAUCCCCUGAGGCUACCAGUGCGCCUUCUAAUUCAAACAUCCCAGAGACGAUACCGAUCGUGAUGGACCACCCCGGACCGGUCGAGAAUCAAUCCCUCUUGAAAGAACGAUUGCAAGAUACAACACUCAGUGCCGUGAAGUCAAACCCUGACUGGAAAAUACAAAGCCUUCCAAUUCUCGACAAUUUGGCGACUCAGAUUCUUUCUUUAUUAGCCCGAUCAAGCUACCAGGAUAUUACGUCCAUUGUAUCGGAGCCAAAUUCGGAGACAGGGCAUGCCUACGCAACCAUGCGAUCUCUUUUUGAUCAUACGAAAAAAGUCUAUUCUAUGGAUGGGCCAUUCUUGUCAGCAUCAAAGCUGGGAUUCGCGACUUUGUCGCAAGUCGAUAUCAUUAGGAAAGCAAACAUGGCAACCUUUGCCUCAAGUAUCUUUGGAUCACAGAUCGUUGGCUUUUCUGAGCUACACGACCACUUUCUGGAGAUAUUUGUGCCUGAGGGGAGCCGCCUUCUUAAAGGGCAGGGCGCCUUGUUUCUUGAAUUAAAGACCCAAGCAUUCAUUGCAUCUACGGACAGAAAAGAUCAGCCCCUCUCUGAGAUGGUACAUAACCUAUUUCCAGAAGAUCUUGGAACACAGCUUCUUGCCCGAAGACCAGGAAAUAAGCAGCUUGCUCCAAGUGAAACUGAUUUUGUGAAACGGGCAUGGUCUCGCCGUGACAUUCUUUUAAAGGAAAUUGAUGACCCGGAAUUAGUCACCAAAUUACGAGGAAAAUAUCGCUGGGAGGACUUCUUAAGAGACCUAUGUUCAUAUAUCAGCAAAAAUUUUGACUCGAUUACUAGCCAGAAAACGAACAAAGGAGCGGCUUCAGACGGCACCGAAUGUUCUAACCAGACACCCGUGCCUGCAUCCGAGCCUCGUAACAUGCCCCUUCAAACGCAAUUCCCCGUCGCACCGAGCCGGCAGGAGCCCCCUGUUGACCGAAGUGCUGGAAAAGUUGAUCUUGUUGCAAGAGCUGCUCGUGCUGCCCAGAUUGCACUUCAAGGACAAAGGUUUCGGCUUUGCCCUCGACCACCCAGCAAUCCGCAUCCACAAGCAACCCAGGGGCCACCACAACAGCAGUUUCCGCCAGCCCCAGUUCAGAAUCCCCCCACAACGACCCAACCGAAUUUCUCGUACGCCGCUCCUGUACCUGUACCACCUCCCCCACCGCAGCCAAAUCAAGUCACAUUCCAGAAUCAAUUUCAAUUUCAGCAAUAUAACCCUCAGGCUGCGUCUGCCGCCACCAGAGCUAAUGCAUCCGGUGCUAAUUACGGGUACAUGCCCGGAAUACCACACUAUUCACAAUCCCAGCCAACUCAGAUAUUAUACGAGCGAGCAAGGAUGGCCACGACCGCUAAAUCUUCUCCCACGAGCCGCCGAGCAGGACUUCCUAGCCAAAGACGUCCAUGGACUCCUGAAGAAGAAAACGCAUUGAUGGCGGGUCUGGAUCGAGUAAAAGGUCCGCAUUGGAGUCAGAUUCUAGCAAUGUUUGGGCCGGGAGGCACUAUCAACGAAGCACUGAAAGAUCGCAACCAAGUUCAGCUAAAGGAUAAAGCCCGCAACUUGAAACUUUUCUUCCUAAAAAGUGGUAUUGAGGUGCCCUAUUAUUUGAAAUUCGUAACUGGAGAGUUGAAAACCCGUGCUCCGGCACAAGCAGCAAAACAAGAAGCAAGAGAGAGAGAGCGUAGGCGAGGUGAAGAAGAUAAGGCUCAUGUUGAAGGACUUGAAGGAAUGAUGGCGCUCGCUGGCGCUCAUGCUCCACAUGGCCCGAGCGAUAUGCCUUCAAUGGCUAUGGCAACCCCCCCUCCUUACCCACCGAUUCAAGAACAGCACCAAGAAACACUAGACCAGAGUACUGAACAAGUUUUGAUUCAACGAUUAACACAGGAAGCCAAAUCCGAAAACCCAGGACCUCCCCAACAGCAAAAUGCUGUUGAUCCGUCCUUGGAAAAUCCGGUAUAG